AAAAACACCUUGUGUAAUGAAAACCCAGGUCUAUAAUCUCUCCCUAUAUAUUCUGCAUGCAUUGAGCUAGCCUCAACCCCUCAGGGACCUGGUACAGACGUGGAACCUGUUUCACACAACAACUGCUAUUUGAAGGAAAGAAAAAAAGAAGCAAAUGAAACCAAGACACGCUCAUAAAGGAGAUCUAAUCAUCAGAUGUGUAUGGACGAAAAUACAGCUUGAAGGUGGGCCCACUACUCCUCCUGGGAGCCUUCCCUGGUCUGGCUUCUCACUCAGCUCACAGUAAGAUGAGUCAGAAAGCGGGGAAGGAGGGUCCCAGACUCUCCAAGAACCAGAGGCUCUCCGAGCACUUCAGCAUACACUGCUGCCCGCCGUUCACCUUCCUCAACUCCAAGCGGGAGAUUGUGGAUCGGAAAUACAGCAUCUGCAGGAGCGGCUGCUUCUACCAGAAGCAAGAGGAGGACUGGGUCUGCUGCGCCUGCCAGAAGACCAGACCCAGCCGCCGUGCAACGUCCCCUCAGAAGCCCAAGCAACCGCCAGCUGCGCCCCCCGCGGUGGUCAGAGCGCCAGCCAAGCCACGGUCCCCUCCGAGGUCCGAGCGUCAGCCACGCCCCCGCCCAGAGGUCCGACCACCACCAGCCAAGCAGCGCCCCCCUCAGAAGGCCAAGAAACAGCCGCGCAGCAGCCCCGGCAGAGGGCCAGGCGCCAGCCGUGGGGGGUCCCCCGUCAAAGCUUCUAGGUUCUGGUAACACCGUCUCUUCCCUUUUGUUCCCCCAGCCCUAAGGUUAGUAGCUGCUUCCUGUAUUUACUAACAUUGGGCUGUCUCAGUGGCCCUGUUUCAGUCUUACCAAACCUGUGUGAUCAAGUCCCUGCAUUAAAUCCCCUCUGGUUGAAA